AUGGCACUGCCCAUCUUCGCCUUGCUCACGCUGGGCUCGCUGGCUUUGCUUGCCGUCUACAAAUUCCUGCUCUACCCGCUCCUGUUCCAUCCUCUGCGGCACAUUCCCUCGGCGCACUGGUCGAUCCCCAUCUUCGGAGAUGCCUGGAUCACCUACCAGCGGUACAUGGAGAGGAACAACGCCGUGACCUAUGCGGCUCAUGUGAAGCACGGCUCCGUGGUCCGCAUGGGCGCCAACGAAUUGAGCGUCAACUGCGUGGACAACGGCAUCAAGACCAUCUACGCCGGCUCCUGGGAGAAGCAUGCUUGGUAUCCCCAGAGGUUUGGCUCCUAUGGGGUCAUGAACAUGUUCUCGACCAUCCACCACGGGCCUCAUUCGCAGAAGAAACGCACCAUGGCCAACGUCUACUCAAAGUCCUUCAUCGCCGCCUCCCCACAAGUCGCCGCGAACUCGCAUACCCUGUUCACCACUCGCUACCUCCCGCUGCUCCAGAAACUCUCCGAGACGGGCAAACCGGCCGAUGUGCACGACAUGAACAACGCCUUCGCCAUGGACUUUAUGUCGGCGUACCAGUUUGGCCUGGCCGCGGGGACCAACCUCACCCAGGACGUGGCGACCCGGAGACACAUCCUCCACCAGUACCACUGUCGCCGGGACUACGAGUUCUUCUCGGCCGAGGCGCCGUGGCUCAAGCGCCUGACGCGGAGUCUGGGGCUGCAGGUGGUGCCAUAUUUCGUGGACGAGGCGAAUGUGCUGCUCGAGGACUGGAACGCCAACAUGUGUCGCAACGCCGAGAAAUUCCUCCUCGCCCAGGAAAGAACAUCCUCCACACCGUACCCCGGCGACGAGCCAGUCGUGUACAAGCAGUUCAAGACGGGCAUCACGAAGCUGCGCGAAAAGGACCCCAACGCGGGUAAGGCGACGGGCGAGGUCAUCCUGCCAACUACACGGCACGACGAACUGCACGAUAGCAAGAACAACAACAGCAGCAGCGGCGACGACGACACUACGACCGCCGAAAUCUACAGCGAAAUGCUGGACCAGCUGGGCGCCGGGCACGAGACCUCGGCCAUUGCCCUGACGUACCUGUACUGGGAACUGAGCAGGCAUCCAGACCUGCAGAAGCAACUCCGCGACGAGGUGCUGACGCUCACGCCCCCGAUCAAAUGGCCGCUGCCCGCCGGGGCUGACCCGACGCAGGACUUCGCGCUUCCGGACCCGAAACAAAUCGACGCCCUCCCGCUGCUGAACGCCAUACUGAUGGAGACGCUGCGUCUGCACGCGCCCAUCCCGGGCAUCGAGCCACGUAUCUCCCCCCACGUGCCUGGCGGAAGCACGCUGGGCCCGUACGCCAACAUCCCGGGCGGCGUGCGCGUCUCGGCGAUGCCGUACGCUCUGCACCGUAACGCGGCCGUGUUCCCAGACCCGGAGACGUUCCUGCCCGCGCGCUGGCUGCCGUCGCACUCGUCCGAGGAGCAGCUGAGGGAGAUGCACCGCUGGUUCUGGGCCUUUGGGUCCGGCGGCAGGAUGUGCAUCGGCAGCCACCUGGCGAUCCAGGAGAUCAAGUUGCUCGUCUCGGCCAUCUACAGCAACUGGGUCACGGAAAUCGUGGACGACCAAGGCAUCGAGGAGGUCGAUGCGUACACCACCAAGCCCAGGAGCAAUCGGUUGAUCCUACGCUUUUCGCACGUUUGA